GAAAAAAACCAGUAUACAACUAGAUACAAAGAUCAGUUAAAUGAAGUGCAAAAUAAUGAUAUUAUUAAUAAUAAAUCAGCAUCUGGAGCAGAACAUACAGUUAUUGAGAGAUCAAUAAUCGAAAAUAUGAAGGUUAUGAAUGAAGACAUUCCAAAAGAUAUAAAGUUCAACACUUGGGAGCAAGUAGAAGGAUUUUUUGCUAAAUAUAAUAAGAAAACCUUUAUCUGCGAAUUUGGUAGAAAAUAUAAGGCAAAAAAAGAUCUAUCAGUAGCACAAAAAGAAGCACAACGUAAAAUAAAAACUAAGAAGUGA